CAUGUCCGUUUUAUGACGGUCACAAGUUUAUUACAACUACAACAAACAGUCGAGGAGUGAGAAGUGAAUUAACAAUGGCAUAUCGCAGUCAAGGUGUGAAUGAAGAGAUAUCCGCUGUCCUGAAUGAGCUGUGGAAACUGGAUACUAAUCGUCUCAAGCCUGGGAAAGAUUACAUCAUCGCACUGCAGGGAAGAGCAGGAUAUGUGGCCCAUGGCAGCAACCAGGCCCGAGACCGAGCGAGAGCUCCACUCUUCGAAUAUGUGGAUGACAACAAACUGAGGGGCAUUGAGACCUAUGCCCAUUUUGUAAAUCUGCUGGACAACUAUGAGAUGUCCACGGGAGUGGCAGAGACCGUCACCUCGCAGGAGAUGAUGGAGAACCACCUCUUCCUGGACGCCAUCCUGCAAACAGAGGUCAUGAAGUGUGCCCACAGUUAUUUGGUGAGGAAGGGACAGGCUUCUUCAGAUAUGACACAUUUCAAGAAGCAGCUGUUUGACAUCUGGUUUCGCCUCUACCAUCGGGACAGGAGUGGCGGGCAGGAUUCCUGUGGCUUCGAGCAUGUGUUUGUGGGCGAGACCAAGCACGGGAAGGAGAUCAUGGGCCUGCACAACUGGGUCCAGUUCUACCUGCAGGAGAAGCACGGUCACGUGGACUACAAAGGCUACAAAGCACGAGGCAACAAGGACACACCGGAUGAAGACGACCACGUCCUGAACCUGCAGUUCAGCUGGAAGGACCUGGUGAAGCCGGUGGGCAGCUCCUUCAUUGGGGUCAGCCCUGAGUUCGAGGUGGCCCUCUACACCGUGGUCUUCCUCAUGUCCAGCGAGAAGGUGACCAACGUGGUGGUGAAGGUGGACGAGUAUCUCCUGGAGGUGGUGGUGUGUCGCUACGGACACUCCAUCGGCACCUCCUAUCCCAAGAUGCUGAGCAGCAACAACAGGGAUUAGCUAGGCUUGGCUAGCGCCCCAGGUGACAAGCAUAAGGGUGACCUACAGUGACGGCCUCAUUUACACUUGCAGAAAAUUUUAUAAACAGAAUUUUCGUAUCGAUUUUUUAGGGCUUGAGCAACGAUUAGUUGUCUUGCUAAAAGAACAUGACUCAGUUGUAAAGCAGGUUCAGUUAAACUUCAGGUAGUGUUAAUCACCUAAUAGCAGAGCCUGGAGUCCAUUCCAAAGACAUCUGUGGGUAAUCUAUUAGCAUGUUAACCACUUCCUAGAGGUUAACUUAGCCAGGUUUAUCACUUAACCAUGUUCUUGAAACACUGCCCAGAUUAAAAAAGGGCUUUUGUUGAUGUAAUUUAUUACAUAAUUGGAUCAUGUUGAGAAUGGGUAGUUUUUAUCCAUUCACACAAUAUAAAAACAUUUUUUUUAACUAAUUUUUUAGGAGUAUAAACAGGUUUCUCUUGUUUACACAUAUCUGAUCAGGUUCACGUUCAUCUUCAAAAAAUAUUCUUUAAAAUGUUACUCCUUUUACAAAAAAAAUCAACACAGGCCUACAGAACUAAACAAGGUCCAUUGUAAAUCUACUUUUUCCAUUCUUGUACGAA